CCAUAUCAACCACCUUGAGUCGCACCGAAAGCGACCAGUCGAAAUCGGAGAGGCGACCGAUUAGGAAAUUACGCGGCGACGCCACUGACAUAUUUUUCCCGAGAGAUUCUUCGUCUAACCGUAGAUCACGGAUGUUGUCGGUCAUUUGCAUAACUUAAAUCACUUGUUUACGUACAAUUUUGAUAGUUAUUAGAUGGACUGAGUCUGGUGUUGGUGUUGGUGACUUGGUGCUGGGAAAGUUACCUCUAAGAAGUGAUUUAGGUGAUAAUGCGUUACUUGUUGUUGGGUGCGUGUCUGGUUGUGCUUUUUGUUGGGGAUGGAAACGGCCAAACGAAGCCUUCUCCUUGCCCCACAGCCUUUAGGUACUUGCCCAACACCUCGAGGGACAAAAACAGGUGGUAUGGGGAGCUGACUGUUGUUUCUGAUGUUGACAUCAUUGAUGGGGUGUUUUUGGCCAUGUUAUUCGAUGGGCCAUCAUUACAGCUGGCUUCGUCUUUUGGCAAAGAGAUCAUCAAAAGAACGGUGACUGAGUACUUGGUGAGAAACUUGGGGUACGAGCUAAAGGCAAACAAACCCCUGAAAGUGCAAUUUUAUGUCAACUACGAGGAGAACCAAGAACCUCCAAACUUCGUGGGCUUUAGAUUGAACGCCGUCCCUUGGUGUCCGGAGAAGACCAACCCCCCCACAACGGAAUCGUCCUACAUAACAAGCCCACCAGAAUUGAACUACAACUUUAGUGAAACGCCAAACGUGGCGCCCCAGAAGCCGGGGCAGAACCUGAACUUGGAGGAACUGGCCCAGCUCCUGCAGUCCCUUGGGAUUGAUGUACAGCAGUUGAACUCCCCGCAGGGUCAGGGGCAAUUUUCCACCAACAACUUUAGACAGCCCGUCAACACGAAUAACAACAAUCAAUAUUCCUAUAAUCGUCCCAACAAUAACUACCCAAGCAACCCCUACUUUGGGAACCCGCAAAGCUUCGACGUAAGGGGCUCGUUCCCCAACCGACAACAGGUCUACCACUUGAAUGCCCGAAGUGUUGACAGUAGGCUUAUUAAAAGGGAGAAGUUUGACGACUUCCAAUGUGGACGAGACAGCUUCAGCUUGGAUGACAAUGACGGACUUGCCCUACCAGGAGAGUUCCCAUGGCACGUCUCAAUACAAACUAACUCCUCACACUUGUGCAGCGGCACUUUGAUAACCGCAGAACAUGUCCUAACCACAGCAAGGUGUCUAAACCAGUUUAGAAAUGCCAGACAACUAAAAGCCUUCUUGGGGUUGACCCAAGUUGGCGACAAAAAUGAGUACACACAAGAAAGAGGUGUGAAAACAAUAAAAAUCCAUCCCGAUUAUUGCCAAUCCUGCGAGGAUAAGCACAAGAACGACAUUGCAGUAAUAAGUUUGGCCAGUCCUGCGGAUUUGAAUGCUGCAGCAAUGCCCGCUUGCCUUUGGAGCCAAAAGGGGGAUGAGGAUUUACUCUUCAACAAAACUGGGGCAGUGUCCGGAUACUCCAAAGGGCCAACUCAGAACCUAUUAAAGACUCAAAUGUUCGUUUCGUCUCAGGUGGAGUGUUUGUUGAAAAACUACGACUACAGACAAAUACUGAACGAACAAAAUUAUUGCGCAAGCUUGAAAGGUGGUGCCAAAACUUGUCCAGGGGAUUCCGGUGGCGGAAUGGUUUUCAAAAAGAAACUGUCCUUGGACGACUUCGUUUGGGAGUUAAGGGGGAUUUUAUCUGUGCCAUUUAAAAAUGAACAAUACUGCAGUGCAGGAAAUCAUGUUGUUUUCACCGAUGUAGCCAAACAUGUGACUUGGAUUAUUGACGAAAUUAAUGGAUUUAAAUCAGUCAACGCGUUAUAAAAUUAUUAAAAUUAACUAGAAACAGAUGUUUCGUCGUAGCAGGAAAAUCACUAGAUGGAGCCUGCAUUGCCUUAGACACAAAAAUUUUUAAAUUACUGUCUGUACAAACGCCAAUUAAUUUAAAUUAAUUAAAAUUUAUUGCAGUGCAUUUUAUAAAUCACUUUUAUUUUAAUGCAUUAAAUAUAUUAUUAAAAAUUA